AAGGUCUUAUAACAACCGAUCAUUUCCCACGUCGUGCAGGAUAUUCUGCCGAGAAGAUCUCAAAGCUUUGAAAUACAUCGAAGAACUUAAAUGGUACUAUACUGCUGGUUAUGGAAACCCUUCGAACUUAAAACAAGCUUGUCCUAUGGCCACAAGUCUUUUUGAAAUGUUCAGAACAAAAACUGAAGGACGCAGCUCAAAUGGUCCUUUUCAUUUUGGAAACGCUCAUAACAUACUUCAUUUAUAUGUGAUACUGGGUCUAGCCAAAGACAGUGCUCCGUUAAAGUCAACUAACUACAAUAACAUGGAGGACCGUUAUUGGAGAACUUCCAAAAUGGUUCCAUGGAUUGCAAACUUCAUGGCUGUACUUUUCAAAAGCAAUAGUGAUGAAUAUUACAUAGCUUUUUAUUUCAAUGAAAAACUUACGACCAUCACGCUAAAUGACGGGAGUAAGUGUGAAAAGUGUCGGUGGGCCGAUAUUCAAAACCUGUUUAUGACAUAUAUUAGAGACAACCAGUGUUAACGUAAGUUUAAAACUACUUAAUUGUUUUUUUAAUUUUAAUAGUUUUAUUCUUAAUCUAUUAU